AUGGGAAGCUUCACCCUAAAGACCAUCCUCGCGGUCGUGGCGUCAGCUGCCCUAGGACUAGCGCUCCCGGCCUCGGAGUCGUCGUCCCCGACAGUGACGGGGACGCCUUGCACGUCAGGCAGCCCCGUCGUGACCGCCGGCUACACCAUCAACUACGCGCCGGCGGUGCCGACCGUCGUCUUCGAGAACGGGUACCAGCCCGUCGAGGCCUGGGCCUCGGCCCACGUCAAGUCGACUUACACGUUCGGCGUGCCGCCGCCGGUCGAGACCGGCUUCGCGUACGCGCAGUUCAAGUGCCAGUACUACUGCAACAACGUGCCGUCGGGCAGCUUCUUCGUGAAUUACGACGGCAGCGACAAGGGGUCGCUUUGCACGUGUUUCGAUGAGUUGUUGGAUCCGCAGAGCUUCGUUUCGAAUAACCAGACCCUCGUCGGGGCUUGGAAUAAUCUCUGCAAGUAA